AGUAACCCUAUUUGUUGUUGCAGAGUGUAUGUGGGCGGUAUGAGUGUGCCGCGCCUCAAACUUCGUGACGCCCAAGACCCGCUGUCGCUGUCCACCCACCCUGCACGCUCCCCACCACUCACCACGCUCGAGAACUCCCAGCCUGCCAUGGCUAACACCACUCCUGCUCGCAGCAACAGACCAACAAAAUCACGAUCUACAGCACAGUCAAUAACAGUAGACCCGGCAGCAACACAACCAACCACGAGGCAACCAGUGACAAGGCAGCUGACGCCUACUCUUCCAGCGCCUACUCAUCCGACGUCUUCUCAUCCGACACCUACCCAUCCAACGUCUUCUCUUCCAGCACCUACUCAUCCGACGUCUUCUCAUCCGACAUCUUCUCAUCCAACGCCUACUCAUCCGACGUCUACUCUUCCAGCGCCUACUCAUCCGACGUCUUCUCAUCCGACAUCUUCUCAUCCGACGCCUACUCAUCCGACACCUACUCAUCCGACGUCUUCUCAUCCAACGCCUACUCAUCCGACGCCUACUCAUCCGACACCUACUUAUCCGACGUCUUCUCAUCCAACGCCUACUCAUCCAACGCCUACUCAUCCGACGUCUUCUCAUCCAACGCCUACUCAUCCAACGUCUUUUCAUCCGACGUCUUCUCAUCCAACGCCUACUCCUCCGACGUCUUCUCAUCCGACGCUUCCUCACCCAACUCCUCCUCAUCUGACAUCUAAUCAUCCGACCUCUACGCAUCCGACGAUUACUCACCCAGCUCCUCGUCCGACAUCUAAUCAUCUGACCUCUACUCAUCCGACGUCUACUCAUCCAACUCAUCCUCAUCCGACACCUAAUCAUCCGAAGUCUACUUACCUAACCCCUUCUUAUCCAUCGCCUGCUCACGCAGCGAGUACCCAGUCAACAACAACUCAGCCAGUGACUUCUCAGCUCACAGGAUCACAUCCCUCUGUGACUGAGAGUGGACGUCGGGAGAGUGAACCCAUACCCAAGAAAAGGCGGCUUUUGGAAGCUACAGAGAGUGCAGAAACACAUAACAUGACAAAGACGGGUAGUCAACAAGAAGACUCAGAAGAUAUCCUGGCUCGGGUGUGCUCAGCUGUGGGGAUCGACUCUGAUCUCGUAGAGAGCGUUGUUGAUGACCCACCACUUAAUCACCAGUCGGAGGUUGUGAGCAGCCCACACGGCGCCCCUUACAGUCUUCAAUACUUGCGAGGGGUACGACCGCCCCAUCCAGGCAUGCCAUUUGCCCAUAGGCUGAGACGUCCUGAGUUAAGGCUUCACCACGGAAUGCACCCCUCCUACCGCCCAGCUCCUGAUGACUCCUACGCGGUUGCCGAGGUUCGACAUUAUUACCACCAGUACACACCCCGCCCUCACGACCCUGCCUACCAAGUCUCUCAUCGUGUAGCCAUACACCCGGGAGAACCACAUCAUUACCGUCACUUCCCUCACUACCCAAACAGGUAUCAUUACGUAGGACCUGUUGGAUCUGUGUCCCCACCCAUAACUAGACCACCGAUUUUGCUUCCAGGGCCACCAUCACGACCAACUGGCCACCACGUCCCACUGCCACAUGGCUCCCCUAAUGGUGUUCACCACCAAGCUGACCUCCGUACUUACCCUCCCCCGGCACUGCAUCACUCUCCUCCAGGACCACCUGUCUUACAUCAUAACCCACGCCUCGUACCACCAGACGGCCGUGCUCCACCUCACGCACUGCCUGAUGUACACCACACACGCUCGGGACAUACAGAGAUUCCGUACAGAAUUCCUACUUCUCUUCACGACUCACCCACAGUGCCUUCACCGUCCUCUGAGCAGUCAGCUGGGGUAGUCACAAGUCGACCUUUCACUAGUCAAGUCUCAGUUAGGCCUGACUUACCUGGUCGCUUGAACCAGCGACAACAUGCAGGUAUACGACAAGUAUACAUCCCCGCCAAUUCUGUCAACGUCCACCAUCAUGAAGAUUCUCUCUACCAUCAUCAUGGCCACGGUCAGUACCGUCAUGUACACCCCCAAGGAUCAAAUGAUUCUCGGCCAAACCCUGCGAAGAAUGUUGUCUGGCAUGAGCCUACAUCUCUUCAAGUUCCCAUCAUACCUUCGCCUGUAUCGCCAGAGGAUAGACUUGGAACUUCUGCCCCAGUUAGAUCCCCCUACCCACCCGAGCAGCUAAAAAGCUAUGAGCAAAUCUGGGGUGUAAAACGCCUUUCUGGUGGCUUGGGAGAAUCCCCCGAGUCUAUACAAACGCGUCGGCUUAUAGAACCCCCUAAACCUUGUGUAGAACUCAUUCCCAUAGGGCCAUCGGUCGACACAAGAGAGAAAAAAUCUGUUGAGUCUUCCAGUAAUGUGACACAGAAGCAACACAGUGUGGUAUCUGACUCACGUCAACAAAGAAUGGAAAAAAACAGUUCACAACACACUCGGCCACAUACUGUUUCACCUCGGGAGAAAUCCAUAAUUGGUGAUGACCAGCAAGGGCUUUCAGCUUCUGAAGGACAAUUUAUUCAUUGGCAAAAUCUUGCAACAUCGGUGACAGAGGCAGCAUCCCGUCAUGAUAGUUGUCGUCAACGUCAGUCAACAGGGAAUCCAGAAUUGCCUUUAUCACAAGACUAUCCUCCUUCCUUCCGGCGUUGCCUUUCUUUAGAUACGUCACCUCAUCGUCCAUUACCAAGCACCUCCACUGAAGGAGAAUCAUCUAUUUCUGGAACACAGAAAGGAAGAGGACACAGUAGGUCCAAAAGUGAUACUUCCGUCACUCCGUCAAAAUCAUAUAAUAAUAGCGAUGAAUCCGCUGAAAGGAGCGACGACUUAUCUAAUACACGUACAUGCCCUUCUGAUAUUAGUGAUACAGAGAUACAAAGUCCCUCAUCCCAGAAAGAUAACCAAAGAACUUCUCAAAAUCAGUCUAAGACAGACAGUGCAAAGACCGGCGAAAGGCAGACACUUACUCAGGAAGAUGAUAUAACUUUGGAAAAGGCUAUUUACUCUGCUGAACAAAGUGGAGAUGUUAAGCAGAAUACACAUCGUGACGGAGGAAGUGAAGGAUCAUGUCACAGCACAAUGUCGGAGAAAGCAGACACUCAUUCUGUGGGUCCGGGCCAACUUCACCACCUCCACAGUUCUCGCUAUGUUAACCACCACAGACCAGCCUCUGAACCACCCCUACAGCUGGUAUCGACAGUCUGUAACGCUGUAUCACGACCAGCUUCCUUGCCUGGUGCUAACCAAAAUAUCCAAAGCGGCUCAACCAAUAUCAAAUGCCAAAAUAGCAGGGCGUACUCCAUGUCUCAGCAUGACAAAUAUCUAAUUCAGACCAAGAGUGACAACGAUGAAACCUUCAUGGAACGUCUGAAACUGGUGCUGAAUGAUCUUGUGUCCGUCCCUGAAGCAUCCAAGCUACAGCAACUGUCGCAGUCUCCCGAGCAGCUACUGACUUCUGUAGUGAAGAGAGGCGGGGCACAUCCCUCCAAGGACCCGAACCCAAAGCAGCGACUGAGAGAAGACUUCAAGACGGUGGUGAAAAUGUGUCUGCCAGCAUAUCUACUGCAGGACUGGGGAUGGAACUCCUGCACCCCAGACCAAAUACUUGAUCAACUCAUUAAAGUCACCCACAAUGGUGGGGACGGUGUCACUGAGAGUGCGAGGUCCGCUCCUCACAGUCCACCCACUCAAGACGAAACCCUAGAGGAUGACGUGUUCUGCCCCUCCACCUGUGAUACUCCAAGUCCACACUUCCCGGGGCCCCAAGGCCUCGUGUCUCAUGGUGCUACUGCACGUGUCAUGCAACCCUAUGCUUACACCCCUGCCUUGCGGCACCAUAUUCCUAUGACAUAUGCACAGGCACCACACAGUGUUUUGCACAGUAUUCUUCCGGAUGCCACAGGAUACCCACGCCCUGUGGUUACUCACGUGCGCACAAGUGGUCCAGAACACUCUAAACCCACCGAAACGGAGGAUUCUCACCAGCCUGCACCUCACCGCCCCCCUACAAAGUGGCCUGAUAAUGAGAGUGUUGUAAGGUCGCCGGACGUUGUUCCCGCCACCACUCCUGCCACUUGACUACACGUUCUGUAAGGUAAGACCCACGCCCUACUAUCCUCACUUAUCUAGCACCAUCCUCACUUAUCUAACACCAUCCUCACU